AUGGCGAGCAACGAGCCGUUCUAUCUGCGUUACUACUCAGGCCAUUCCGGUAGAUUCGGACAUGAGUUUUUGGAGUUCGACUUCCGCGCUCUAGGCGAUGGCCGCUCUGCCUCGGCGCGUUAUGCCAACAACUCAAACUACCGCAACGACUCAUUGAUCCGAAAAGAGAUGUGUGUGAGCUCACUCAUGAUCGAGGAGAUCAAGCGCAUCAUCAAGGAUAGCGAGAUUCUGAAAGAAGACGACACGAAAUGGCCACAGAAGAACAAGGACGGUAGACAGGAACUUGAGAUUCGUUUGGGCAACGAGCAUAUCUCUUUCGAGACCGCAAAGAUUGGAUCCCUCGUCGACGUUAACGAGUCAGAGGACCCAGAAGGACUCCGUGUGUUUUACUACCUUGUGCAAGAUCUGAAGGCGCUUGUGUUCUCCUUGAUCGCACUCCACUUCAAGGUAUAUUUCUGA